UGAAAUCACAUGUUAUUAAAUAAGUCACCUUGAUAUUAGAAAUUAUUUUUCACUCGCAAUUUCCUUGAACUAAUUGCAGUAGUAAAUUUUUGUACUGUGCGGCGCACUGUGAUUUCAACAAAUAUACUGAAAAUUCACAGAAAUGGCUGGUGUAUUUAUAAAAAAAUCUAUGUCUUUAAAUAUAAGUUAUAUAAAUUUAUUGUUACACCGAUCAGUUUUUAUAUUAAAAAUACAAUACUUCAGUUAUUCAGACAAUGCCAAAGAAAGUAAUUUUAAAAGUCCUUUGGAAAGUUUUAAAAGAAAACUUUCCAAAGGAGAAUUGAGGAAUGAUGAAUACCAAUUAGAAAUAGUCAAAGAUUUACAAACUGUUUAUCAAGAUGUGAAUAAUUAUAUACCACAAAAACCAAGUAUUUUCAAUAAGUGGAUUGGCAAAAACAAGAAAAAAAGAAAAAUACCAAAAGGACUGUACCUUUAUGGAGCAGUGGGUGGAGGUAAAACAAUGUUGAUGGACCUUUUCUAUGAUUGUUGUCAGAUGGAAAAUAAAAAAAGAGUUCAUUUCCACUCUUUCAUGCUGGAUGUCCAUAGUAAAAUUCACAACGUUAAGAAAAAUAUUAUCAGAGAUCACAGCAGUAAUAAACUUCAACCAUUUGAUCCAAUACCACCAGUAGCUUCUUCUAUAACCGAAAAUAUAUGGCUUCUUUGUUUUGAUGAAUUUCAAGUCACAGAUAUUGCAGAUGCUAUGAUACUUAAAAGAUUAUUUAGUGAACUUUUUGAUAGAGGAGUUGUGGUUAUUGCAACAAGUAAUAGAAGUCCAGAUGAUUUAUAUAAGAAUGGUUUGCAAAGGGGACACUUUAUACCUUUUAUUCAAGUUUUGAAAGAUCAUUGCAAAAUAAUUUCAUUAGACUCUGGAAUUGAUUACAGAGCAAAAACUGCAUCAGGAAAAGAAAAACAUUAUUUUAUUAAAGGACAAGAAGCUGAUAAGGAAAUUGAAAAAAUCUUCAAAUAUUUAUGUUCAAUGGAAAAUGAUACUGUAAGAUCGAGGUUAUUUAAUAUUAAAGGCAGAAAUGUUUUAUUCAAUAAAACUUGUGGCCAAGUUAUGGAUUCAACAUUUGAAGAAUUAUGCGAUAGACCACUUGGUGCUAGUGAUUAUAUCCAAAUAUGUCAAGCUUUCCAUACAGUAAUUAUUCGGGAUGUACCUCAACUUAAUUUUAAACUCAAAUCACAAGCAAGGAGAUUUAUCACUCUUAUUGAUACCUUAUAUGACAACAAGGUAAGAGUUGUAGUUUCUGCAACUGCUCCUUACAAUAAGUUGUUUGUAUCAGAGGGCGAGGAAGAAUACACCGAUGAAAAACGUAUGUUGAUGGAUGAUCUAAAAAUAUCACAUGGAACAGAUGACCAUAAAUCUAAUAUUUUUACUGGGGAAGAGGAAUUAUUUGCAUUUGAUCGUACAGUAUCUAGAUUGGCGGAAAUGCAGACUACAGAAUAUUGGGAUAAAUGGGAACAUCAUAGAUGAUAACAAAUUAUGUAGAAAGUAGUAAACAUUAUACAUAUUAAAUUAUAAAAUUUAUCUUUUCAUAUGAUAAAA